GAAAUUAAUUGCUUUCCGAUUCAGAAUUCAAUGGCUCGGUUUAUCUUUCUUUUCCUUGCCUCUCUCAUUCUGAUCACUAAUGUUACCAUUAUUAGCAUUUGCAAUGGCAACUCUAUUCAUGCGGUCUGCAUUGAGAGCGAGAAAAAAGCCCUUUUGAAGUUCAAGCAAGGUAUCGUGGAUCGCACCAACCGACUGGCCUCUUGGGUUUCCAAUGGAUAUUGUUGUAGAUGGACGGGAAUUGUCUGCGACAACAUGACUGGUCACGUCAUUGAACUCCACCUCAUAACUAAUCCUAUAUGGGAGGUCGAUUAUGAGGUUGAUGAGGCUGAUGAGAGAUCAAUGCUGGGUGGUAAGAUAAGUCCUUCUCUGCUCCAUUUGAAGCAUUUGAGUUAUUUGGAUCUCAGCAACAAUGAUUUUGGAGGAAUUCACAUUCCCAAGUUUUUUGGUUCUUUGGGGAGUUUACGAUAACCUCUCCUAGGCAAAUUUUGGAGGGAAGGUUCCUCACCAUCUUGGGAAUCUCUCUAAUCUGAAAUAUCUUAAUCUUGGGAAUAAUUAUUAUAACAUGUAUGUUGAGAAUCUCCACUGGUUGUCUUGUCUUUCUUCAUUUGAGUAUCUUGAUUUGAGUUCUGUGAGCCCUAGCCAAGCAUCCAAUUGGUUUCAAGCAUUUAGGGUCUGUUUGACUCAG